GCCGUUGAGAGGAAUUAUUCUUUCCAAUAAUCAAGACGCGCUUUCAAGAUGGACGUCUAUUGCACUCUAUUGUUGAGUGACGGCUACCUCCCAGGCGCCCAGGUACUAGCCUACUCUCUCCGCGAUGGGGGCACAUCAAAGAAGCUCGCGGUUCUGGUGACCAUAGAGACCUGUUCGGAGGAAACGAUCGAGGAGUUGAAGCGUCUCUAUGACUACGUCAUUCCUGUGGAUCGUAUCUGCAGCGAGGCUACCACCAAUCUUGGGUUGAUGAACCGUUUGGACCUCAACGCCACCUUCACUAAGAUCAAUUUGUGGAAGCAAACUCAAUUCCGAAAGAUUGUCUAUAUUGAUGCCGACGUUGUCGCAAUCCGUCAUCCGGAUGAGCUGUUUGAUCUUGAGGCCGACUUCGCUGCGGCUCCUGAUAUUGGUUGGCCCGAUUGUUUCAACUCGGGAGUGAUGUUGCUUCGUCCUCAUAUGGGAACUUACUACUCGCUCCUUCAGCUUGCUGGGCGUGGUGUUUCAUUUGAUGGUGCCGAUCAGGGUCUCUUGAACUCUUAUUUCAAAAACUGGCAUCGCAUCUCUUUCACAUACAAUUGCACACCUUCCGGCCAUUAUCAAUACACCCCCGCUUUCACUCACUACGGAGCGAACAUCUCUUUAGCGCAUUUCAUCGGGGCCGAGAAGCCAUGGAAUGUGGGGAGGUCCUCUAUCAAGGACUCUGGUUCAACUAACUCAAGCGGCACGCCUUAUCACCAACUGUUGGGUUAUUGGUGGGCGACUUGGGAUAAGCAUUUUAGAGGCCAGCAGGAAGGCUCGAAUGACUCCGCUAGUGGUGGCUCUAGCUAUCGAGGGUCUGCCAGUGGGUCUGGAUCUGGUUUUAGGCAAGCCUAUUCGGGCCCAGUUGGAAACCAGGCUAGUCAAUCGGGAUCUCAACAGCACGGAGCCCGAUCAUCUGGCACUCAACACCAAUCACGGGCAUCUGAGAAGGCCCCUGCACGUGAAAACACUGACAAACUCGCCCCGGAACCCCAGAAGCUGCCAUUCCACGGGGUAUUCCCUGAUGUUGUUGAUACUCCCCAGGGACCCGUCGACCAAACCCAAUUCUUUCAAACUGGCCCAGCCACUUAUCAGGUUUCUGAUGUUCCAGCUAGACGUUCUGCUCCUCCACCUUCCUCCCCCCCACGUCAACAGGAGCAACAGGCACCGCUGGUGACACCAUUCUCUACACCAUAUUACAACUGGGAUCCUACUCGCUCGGCUCCACCAGUCGAUAGUGCUCCGGAAGCCAAUCGUUUCCCCCGUCAGUUCUACUCCAAUGAAUGGGAUAACCCUGCGCCGGCAUUUAAGACUCCAGUGCCUGCCCCCCCACAGGGACAGAAGAGAUGGUUUGAGAGCCGUGAGAAGACCCCGGAGCCUCAGCGGGAGCCUCCGCUAAGACAAAUUUUCCCAUGGGAGAAUAAACCAAGGACCACUACUCGCGUAUUCGCUGAUGACCCGCCGGUCGAGGAACAUGUUGAGGAGCCGGAAGAGGAAGAGGAGGAGGAGGAGGAGGAGGAGGAGGAGGUCCAACAGGAGCAGGAACCCCAAAUUACUAAGGAGGAGGCCACGGCUUGGAGAACAUAUGUCCAGGAGAAUGAGUGGGAUGCGAUUCCAGGAAUCCAAGACUACGUCUCGGAUUUAAAGCGCCGUGGCAAUCACGUACUCCAGUCUCUCGAAGCCAGUCCCCGCAUUCCGGGAUACUUCAUCCCCCUUGUUAGUCAGGAGAGGCCAUCUUUGCCCGUGACCCCGAAUCCCGUCAAAAGAAGAACUGCACAAUGGACUGCUGAGGAACAACCCCAAUUCCCAAGUGCUCGUGGGAUCCCCUCUCAGGAGGACUGGGACCCUCAUGCAAAGCUCGAUGAACUUAGACGCCUCCCACCCUCUUUCGUCUCAACCCUCAGUAACACCAAUGUGAUCGGUGGUGCUGCCCAGACCGAAGCCCAGAAGGAAGCCAUUGUUCCCGAGGCACCGUUGGAGGUUCAAGCACAAGCGGACGUUACUGUCUCACCUCCUUCCCCAGCCUACAGAACCAGCGCAGCCCAAACCGAGAGCCCGAAGCUUGAGGAUAGGGCAAUACAGGUUGACGACAUCCCUGAGGUUGAGGACAAGAAGUCGUUGUCUGGCUCAUCCAGUGCCAGUCUGAAGACUGAUAGUGACAUUUCGCUCGGAAAGCGUUCCAUCGAGUCUCAAUCACCUCCCAAGUCUCCCGAGUCCAAGGAGAAGGAGAAGCGCCGCUCGAUGAAUCUUCAAAAGCUACUACCCAAGUACUGGGGCAGCAAGACUAUCGAAUCGCGUCGACAGGCAGCCUUGAGAUGAUUUCAGCACUUGCUCUGAGGUUGAGCCGAAGGCAUAGAUUGGAUCUACGAUGGGUAUAAUGUUUUUUCUUAUUUCAGUUACGCCUUGCUCUUUCAGUUCUGCAUACUCUUGGGUUCUAGUCCUUUCUUUAGCUGGAAAUUUUUCUGAAGUUGGUGGUUACUCUGCAUGCUCUUGAAAUUACGGGUGUUCACAUAGAGCGGUUUCGAUAUGUCGACUAACUUACAUGGGCAGCGUUGUGGAUUUUAUAUCUCUUUCAUGGCGAGUCCUUGCGUUAUUUCUCCUUUUUUUAACGUCAUGUCUUUACCGCCCCUUCGCUAUGUCGCUUUCAGAUACUUUCUUACGAUUUUCCUUAGGAAAUGUGAAUAAAGUCACAAAAAAAGUCUUUACAUUUUGUAACUUAAAAAUCAUGUAUUGCUUUUUUUGUUGGUGAUAAUGAAAAGGUUCACGAAUGUUUUCAAAAUUAUUGUUCCCUGUCGUUCUCGUGAUUUCGAAACCCCCCAAUUGAAAUGACGCUAUUUAAUAAUAGUUACCGAUGCAGGGAAAGGCUGGAGUGUCGGUUGCAUGCUUGUAUUUCGGGUGUUUUGAUUGUUAUCUCUUAUCUUCG